UUUUACGUUAAUCUGCCACUGUCCGAGCGCACGAAUAGAAACGGGGAUUGGGGCUGGAUUUAGAUGCAUUAAACGACGGCUUUGAAGUAGACGUUUCCCAGGGUCGCGUGCCGCUUUUUUUGAGCUGUAUGCGGACUGCGCACGCGGGUCCGCAGUGGCGGGUUGCGCGCGUGCGUUUGCGCGUACGCGGGUGCUGUUGUAAUUUCACGUCACAUCAAGUUUGAUCAGCGGUCCGAUUGGAUGAUCCGCAGCGCCGUCCUGAAUUGAGAAGCCCUCGCGCUUGUUUGCUCGUACUCGGCGUUCGUCCUGAAGCCCGAAUGCGCCUCUCCGGGAUCGCGUGAGGGAGUCGGUGCACAUCUGGCGGAUUUUGUCGUCGCCCUCGCGCCCGGGCUGGAUGUUGCGCGUGAGCUGAAGAAUACUAGAGGUCGGAGAAAAAAUGCGGCGGCGAGCGCACGCGAGCGUCCUGCUCCUGCCGUGGCUGGUGCUGCAAACCCAGGCUGGCUUUCCAAACCAGAUCAAUAUCGGUGGUCUGUUCAUGCGCUCCACGGUCCAGGAGCACAGCGCGUUCCGCUUCGCCGUUCAGCUCUACAACACCAAUCAGAACAUCACUGAGAAACCUUUCCAUCUCAAUUACAACGUGGACAAUCUGGAGUCAUCCAAUAGCUUCUCAGUCACGCACGCCUUCUGUUCUCAGUUCUCCAGGGGUGUGUACGCAAUCUUUGGAUUCUACGACAGGAGGUCAAUGAAUACAUUAACAUCGUUCUGUGGCGCCCUGCACACCUCUUUCAUCACGCCAUCAUUUCCCACGGACACAGAUGUGCAGUUUGUCCUGCAGAUGAGGCCGAGCCUCCGAGGGGCGCUGCUCAGCUUGCUGACCCAUUAUAAAUGGGAGAAAUUUGUUUACCUGUAUGACACUGAUAGAGGGUUUUCCAUCCUACAGGCCAUCAUGGAAUCUGCGGUGAUGAAUAACUGGCAGGUUACGGCGCGUUCAGUGGGGAACAUCGUAGAUCCUCUUGAAUACAGGCGCAUUAUUGAAGAAAUGGAUCGUCGCCAGGAGAAACGUUUCCUUAUCGACUGUGAAGUUGAGCGCAUUAACAGUAUUCUCGAGCAGGUUGUGAUCUCCGGAAAGAACAGUCGAGGAUAUCAUUACAUCCUGGCUAAUCUUGGUUUUACCAACAUGAGUUUGGAUAAGGUGUUUUCAGGAGGAGCGAAUAUUACUGGAUUCCAGAUCAUAAAUCCUGACAGCCCAAUUGUGCAGCAGUUUCUCCAGCGCUGGGAGCGGCUCGACGAAAGAGAGUUUCCCGAGUCUAGAAGCUCUCCUCUGAAGUACACGUCUGCACUGACCCACGAUGCCAUCCUGGUGAUAGCCGAGGCAUUUCGGUACUUGCGACGUCAGCGUGUGGAUAUUUCUCGUCGAGGGAGUGCGGGUGAUUGUUUGGCCAACCCAGCCGUACCAUGGAGCCAGGGAAUCGACAUUGAGAGAGCGCUCAAAAUGGUUCAGGUUCAGGGUAUGACGGGAAAUAUUCAGUUCGACUCAUUUGGACGGCGAUCAAAUUACACCGUUGAUGUUUAUGAAAUGAAGCCGGGAGGAGCACGAAAGAUCGGCUACUGGAAUGAAUUUGAGAAAUUUGUUUAUAUAGUGGAGCAGCAGGUUACCAACGAGUCCUCCUCUGUGGAAAACAGAACCAUUGUGGUCACUACUAUUAUGGAAGCUCCGUAUGUAAUGUACAAGAGGAAUUAUAUGCAGUUGGAAGGGAAUGAUCGCUAUGAGGGCUACUGUGUAGACUUGGCAUCUGAAAUCGCCAAGCAUGUGGGCAUAAAAUACAAACUGUCCAUUGUGGCCGAUGGAAAAUAUGGAGCACGCGACCCUGAAACCAAGACCUGGAACGGCAUGGUGGGGGAGUUGGUUUAUGGGAGAGCAGAUAUAGCUGUGGCUCCUCUCACUAUAACCCUUGUUCGGGAGGAGGUGAUAGAUUUCUCCAAGCCCUUCAUGAGUCUGGGCAUUUCCAUCAUGAUCAAGAAACCACAGAAGUCCAAACCAGGGGUCUUCUCCUUCCUGGACCCUCUGGCCUAUGAGAUCUGGAUGUGUAUCGUGUUUGCGUAUAUCGGUGUGAGCGUGGUUCUCUUCCUGGUGAGUCGUUUCAGUCCAUACGAAUGGCACCUGGAUGAUAAUGAAGAGACGAAGGACCCGCAGACACCGCCCGACCCGCCAAACGACUUCGGCAUCUUUAACAGCCUCUGGUUCUCUCUUGGAGCGUUCAUGCAGCAAGGAUGCGAUAUCUCACCAAGGUCUCUGUCUGGCCGUAUUGUUGGAGGUGUGUGGUGGUUUUUCACCCUCAUCAUCAUUUCAUCCUACACUGCCAAUCUGGCGGCUUUCCUGACCGUGGAGAGGAUGGUGUCGCCUAUAGAGAGUGCAGAAGACCUGGCCAAGCAGACAGAGAUCGCCUACGGGACGCUCGACUCCGGUUCCACCAAAGAGUUCUUCAGGCGUUCAAAGAUUGCCGUCUACGAGAAGAUGUGGUCUUACAUGAAAUCUGCCGAGCCGUCGGUGUUUGUUAAGACCACCCCCGACGGAGUGGCUCGUGUACGCAAGUCCAAGGGGAAGUUUGCGUUCCUGCUCGAAUCCACGAUGAACGAAUACAUCGAGCAGAGAAAGCCGUGCGACACUAUGAAGGUGGGAGGGAACCUGGACUCCAAGGGCUACGGUGUGGCCACGCCCAAAGGGUCGGCAUUAAGAAGUGCUGUAAACCUGGCGGUGUUAAAGCUGAAUGAGCAGGGCCUGCUGGACAAGCUGAAAAAUAAAUGGUGGUACGACAAGGGAGAGUGCGGCAGCGGGGGAGGGGACUCGAAGGAUAAGACCAGCGCGCUGAGUCUCAGUAACGUGGCUGGCGUUUUCUAUAUCCUGGUUGGAGGUUUGGGCCUGGCCAUGACAGUGGCUCUGGUGGAGUUCUGCUAUAAGUCGCACCAGGAGACCAAGCGCCUCAAACUUGCCAAAAAUGCCCAGAACUUCAAACCAGCCCCUCCAUCCACUGCACAGAGUUUCACCACAUACAGAGAGGGCUAUAACGUCUACGGAACAGAGAGCGUCAAAAUAUAAUGAUUGGAAACCUGUCCCUUGCUGAUCAUGUGGCAUGGGAUAGACUCUCCGUCUCUUAGAGUCGACUGCGAUUCCCUUUAGAAAGUGGACACGCACCCAACCAAAACUCAUCUCACCGGAACACACUCGUCUUCUCGGCUCUGACCACAACAUGAACCGGUAAUCACACAACAGACUAUUGGAUGGAGCAAUCACUCGCCCGCCUGCCCUCUCUCAGUGCCUUACUGAACCAGUGGCAAAACAUCAAAACACGCAGGCCAAAGUCCUGGAGACGUCCUGCUGGGUGCUGGGUCUGAAACCAUUAUUUCAAUUUAUUACGAGAGGGAAAGACUGAAAAGAAGGGAGGGAGGGAGAGACAAACAGACGCAGACAGAAAAGAGAGAGAGAAAGAGAGAGAGUGUGAGGAUUGAUUUGGUUGAUCUCAUGAUCAGACAGUGUUAUAUGAUUGACAGCUAGUUUGUCUCCAUGACAACUCACACCAGGAGUAUCUGCAGACAAACAUUUUAUGCAAACCGUAGGAAAUGUUCUUUUCUUGAAGCUUUCUGCUUAUUCAUUUGUUUAAAAUGUUUGUGCGGUGUUUCUGUCCUCAUCCGCGUAAUCGUUAUAAAUAAUGUAAAUAACUUCAGAUACGUGACACGGCAUCAGAAACGUUUCCCUUUCACACUUCACCGUUUUAGAAGUUUUAUUCAUAGUGUACAGUAUUUACUUUAGCGGGAGCAAAUUCAGGCUGUGAGUGUAUGAGGGUCUCUCUGUACAGUAUGUGCGUAUUUGCUGUAUUUUAAAACUUAAUAAUGAGGGUGUAAGAUUUGUUUGUCAUAAUACUUUAUUCUGAAACGUAGGAGAUAAUGACAGCACAGUCAUAUGCCAUCGGCAACAAAAAUAGCUCAUAUACUUCAUGAUCAUAGAUCAGUUCUUUUUUAAGCAAGCUUAGGAAUCAACAACAUGUUUAAUAGUUUGUAAUAAUUUUAUUGUGUUUUAAAAUACUAAACUGCAAUGUCACUGAUGUAAAAUAUGAAUUCUGUCACACCAGAACAAGUGAAUAUGUAAUUUAAUUUUAUAAAUCCACUGUUUCAAUUCUGAACUUUUGUUUAGAUGCUAAAAGACAUUUUUAUUUUGAAGAUUUUGUAUAACUGAUUCUGUUUGACUUCUAAGUGAACUUGCAUGUACAGUAAUGAGCAUUUCCCCCAAUAAAGCUUCCCUUGUCUUCCCUCUUCCCCCAUCCCAGCCCUUCCACUUUCCUCCGCCUCCAUCAUUCCUGGGUAAUUAAAAAAGGAAUAGGAAGUUGUGAAUUGGUCAUGAUGAUACAUCCUGAGCUCAAACAGUAAUCUGUCCUUCUGCAUGACUGCAUCCAACUCUUAACAUUUAAGUAUAUUUUGUAAAUAAAGACAGAUUUAAGACAAAA